AUGAGUGAAGAGAAUCCCCUAGAACCAGAUCAAUUGAUGCAAAGAGUAUCUGAUACACAUCAGGAUACUCUGUUAGUUGCACCACGUGAAACACACUUUCACAAUGUAUUUAUGAAAUAUUUGAUAAUGCUUAUUAGCGCCUUGGGAUCAGUUAUAUAUACAACAAUACUAUGUACUGGUUCUGUACUCAAUCAUUGGUUUGAUCUUGUGAGUGGAAAGGAGAAGGCUGUGCUUGCAGAUAUGGAGCAAAAAAGUCACGGAUAUGUGCCUCGAGAACCAUACGAUGACUUGUCCAAAAUGAAACCAACUAGUGAUUUGCAGUAUUACUUGCAGUGUUUGAAUUUAGAUUUGCAAGAGUAUAAGGUGACCACAUGUGACGGGUAUAUCUUAACCCUACAUAGGAUCAUCGAUCCCAAGGAACUGGAAGAGCAAAAGCAACAAAGGAAACCAGUUCUUUUACAACAUGGCUUAUUGUCAUGCAGUGGGACAUGGAUAGUGAGUGGCAAGAAUUCGUUAGGAUACUAUUUUCAUGAGCAAGGCUUUGAUGUUUGGAUGGGGAAUAACCGUUCGUGGUUCACUCCUCAACACAAAACUUUGAGCGGGAAUCUUUACAACAAUGAACAAUACUGGGACUGGGGAGUUCAAGAAUUGGGAUGCCAUGAUUUACCGGCUUUAAUAUUAACAGUUUUGGCAAACAAAAAGUAUUUCAAGAAAUUAGUUUUAUUGGGGCAUCUGCAAGGUGGAUUACAAAGCUUUUUGAUGCUCAAAAACCCACGCUUGGGAGAUAUACAUGAAAGAAUUGAGCUUUUUUGUCCAUUGGCUCCAGCAGUAUAUCCAGGCAAGCUAUUCUACACUCGUCAAUUCAUUAAAUUUAUCAAUAAUCGUAGUGAAUUUACCUGGUUGAUGUUAUUUGGUUGCUGCGCAUUCUUGAGAAACUUGUGUCUUGUGAGACACUACAUUGCAAGUACGUGGUUGUUUGGCAAGUUGUCGUACUAUAUGUUCAAGUAUUUAUUUGGUUGGACUGGGAGGAAUUGGGGGCCGUAUAAAAAAGUGUGGCAUUUUUGUUUUAUUUUCAAUAUGAGUUAUGCAUCGGUUGAACUAAUGAAAUACUACUUGUCGAAGCAUUCCGAUUGUGGGUUUACCACUUUGUUACAACCAAAAGCUGCUUAUGCUAGCGAUGCCCAUUUUACAGAGAAUGUCACUGACGACAAAAAGAGUUAUUUCCAAUUUGAUGCUACGUGGUUCAAUGGCGUUAGGGUUCCCAUGAUUGUUUUUACCGGCGAUGAGGACUUUUUAGUAGACGGAGCAAAGGUCGUUGCACAUAUGAGAAAGUAUGAACCUGGAUAUAGAGAAGGCGGUAAUUUGGAGACUGUAGCAAUCCCCACUUAUAAUCAUCUUGAUAUUGUAUGGGCAGAAGAUGUCAUUGGAACUAUCGGAUAUACUAUAUGCAAAAAGUUAAAACAAUUGAACGCCUGUAAUAUUCAACAGGAGCUCAAGUUGGAAGGGCAGGUACCUGGUAUGGCCAAUGAAGAAGGAUCUUCAAACGAUCAUCACCAACAAGAAGAGGAGGUUUUGAAUGAAAAGAUACAGCUGGUAACCGAGGAUGUACACGACACUGAACUAAUGAUUAAGAUAAAGCACAGUAUAUCAGCAGAUAUUCCACUCACAGAAACUAGAAAACUAUCCACAACUGAAGUGUUCUAA